AAGGUUCCGUGGAAACAAUGGAGAUGGACUGAAAGGAAAAGGGUGUAGUUGAGUGAGGAAAUGUCUCAUUGUGCUGCUUUGCUACGUGCCAAAAUCAGCCUUUAGUCCUGUAGCUAUACGGAAACACACACAGCUUACUUUGCAGUGAGAGGGCUAGGGCAGGAAGGAAAUGAGGAGAGACAGACACAGAGAAAAAGAGACCGAGAGACAGAGAGACAGAGAGACAGAGAGACAGAGAAACAGAGAGACGGAGGGGAAAACAGCAGAUUAGGGUCACUGGGGUUUUCCAUUGUGUAGGAUCAGAAAAAAACAUGAGAAGUAGGUAAGAGUGAGGAGGGGAAACACAUCUGUAGCCACAGACAGUUCAGACAGCAGAAAGAGAGUGGAGAUAGUCAGAAAAGGAGAAAGGUAAAAGAGAUUGCACCUAAGUGAUGCUCUUUGAGCUGAGAUUAAUUAAAUUACUGUCAUUUCAAAGGUUAAGAGCAGGCUUAGAGGAAGAGUAUACAGGAAGACAGUCGUUGCAGUCUUAAGCUUAGAUCCUAUACACACCGGUGGAGGACUGUAAUCGAAUGGGCAACAAAUGGCUAAUAUGAACUGCACAAAGAGUAGUAAAGAUGGGACAUGCUGUGAUCGCUGUGCUGCAGGAGAGUACAUGAAAGCUGAGUGUGAUAGGUCAAAGACGACCGAGUGUGCCAAAUGUGAUUAUGGGUUCUACACAGCCACAAAAAAUAACUUGCCUAAAUGUCAAGUCUGCAAGGAGUGCAGUUCCAUAAACAAGCAGAGGAAAGUAAAGGACUGUACACCUCAGGAGAACACAGUGUGUGAGUGUGUGGCUGGUUUCUACUGUAGCAAUGAUCAAUGUGACCACUGCAAGCCAGUGAAACACUGCUCUCUGGGUGAAGGGGUCAAGGUUCAAGCCACUCGCACGAAUGAUACAAUCUGUGCUCCAUGUGAAGGCGAGACCUACAGCAACGUUACAGAUUUCCUCUCGCCCUGUCAAACACACACCAGAUGUGAGGACAUUGGAAGACUGUUGAAAACUCCAGGAACCCGAACAACUGAUGCCAUCUGUGGCAACUUUAAAUCUCUAGAUUGUCCCUGGAUAUUACCCACAGGCCUGUGGUCAGGACUCGUGUUGACUGCACUCAUCCUUUUUGGUCUCGUCUGCUGGAGGGCAAAACGCAAGUCAUACAAAGCAGCCGGCUCCAGUGUUCCUGUUACUCUGGUUGAAAUGGUUCCAGGAACACCGAUCACUUCGCUGGAGCUGCCUUUACCGUUCACAGAGCUGAACGGUCACUGCCAAGAGAGCUGCACCGUUGAGUGCUGCAAGUUGCCGCUUUUUAACCCAGAUUAUCCUCCUCAGAUGAUAAUGCGGUCAGUUGCGUCACACAAGACAGCGUAGACAUCAUCCUUCCUAUAACUCCACUGAAGCCUUCGGUUUCAUUCGCUGAAUCCAGCCACACGAAUGGAAGUGCCGGAUACUGCACCGGCAACUUCCUCAGGAGCUACUCAGAGCCACAGGAGGAUGAGUGGUGUGGGACAUAAUCAAGUAGAUGUUGGUGUAACAGUAUACUGACGGAGCUCAGAGUCCCCGUCCAGUUUGGGGAUGCUGCAACUAGUUUUCAAACCUCAAACUGAACCUAUUUAUACCAAAGAAACUAAAGAGUAAGGUUUCACUUUUCCAGAAGAGUUGAAGGUGGCUGAUGGUUUGCUGCCCCCUGCAGGACUUUAACGAGAAGUUCAGCUCAAGUGAUGUGAUAUUUCUGUAUUGCAUUUACAAUAAAGCAAACAGCUAAAAGGUAUUUUUCCAAAACACUGAUGGAGAUUUGUACUUGAGUCAGUCCUUUUAAUGUGAAUGAGUUUUAGAUAGGAGCUUCACAAGUAAAUGCACUGCUGUCUGUGUUUUUAGCUACAGCUCAGUGGUGUCUAUUAGAUAAGUCUAUAUUUAUAAUGCUAUAUUUUUCUUACUUUUCUUUUUCUGACAAAUCCUAUGAAAAGGUCAAACCAACAAUGAAUAUAUCCUUCCAACAAGUAUGUAUGUGUAGUCAAAGCAGCUUAUUAUUCUUUAUGGAGCUCCAGUGUCGUCCAAACACACUCAGUGAGUGACACUUGUGCACUGUGUAACCUGUUACUUCAUUACCAUGAAUGUGGGCACUGUAUUUUAUUAUGCUGCUGUAAAUAUGUACAGUUAACGCAUAUUAAGCCGCAGCAGAAAAAAGCCCCCAACAAAUGCUGUAUUUACUCCUGUUUGAGUAACUAUUGCUAAAAAAGGAUUCUGGGGCUUAACCUUUAUAGUAAAUCAUGUAUUUUGUAAUUAUAAUUUAAAUGAUAUCUCUUUUUUUUAAAAGUACAUUGUAAUAAAAAAUUAUAAACACCACCCUUAAGAUAUGCAACACACACAAAAUUUGGAGAAUGAUGUGAUGAAUUAAAGAGGCAGCAGUGAUGUCUGACAGAUGUAAAAUUUGUUUAUAACAUUGUAAAGAUCGAUAGUGCAAUAUGAGGAAGUGUGUAGUGAAUGUUUACACAAGCCAUUCUCAGUUAGUAGUAUUAGUACCAUCAGACAGAGGCAAUUACCAUGUAUUUUCACAGAUAUUCGGUCUUAUUGUGAUAUUUCAAAAUAAUGUUGAUUAUAAU